AUGGAGAAGUCAAGUCUAGGAGUUAAUGUAACAUUACUUGGAGAGUCCAGUGAAGAGCACUUGCUUCCAUUGGUUGAUCCGACGAAAUCCAUCAAGAAGCAAAUCAAAAUCGGUCCACCUUACACCUUAAGGCUGAAAGUCAAGUUUUACCUAUCGGAUCCAAACAAUUUGAGAGAGGAAUUGACUAGAUACCAGUUUUUCUUGCAACUGAAGCAUGAUAUUCUCGACGGUCGCGUAGACUGUCCUCAUCAGAGCAAUAUAGAAUUAGCAGUUCUUGCCUUGCAGUGUAAGUUGUUAACUAUAAGUUUUAUGCUUAAUAUGAUAUUGACACUGUAAGUUGUACAACUCCACUCUAUUAUAGAGGGGUGGACUCAGAAUAGAACACCUCCUACCGGGAGGAGGAGCCAUUAUACAUUUAGCCACGCC